ACUGAUGCUCAAUGAUGGCGGAUAGCGCGAGUGAGAGCGAUACGGACGGAGCCACCCCUCACUGCUCCUCAUCUUCAUCCUCCUCCAUCCUCAUCUCUUCAUUCCGUCUUGAGGAGCUGUCCAACCGCCUGGCGUCUUUGCAGCAAGAAAACAAAGUGUUGAAGAUCGAGCUCGAGACGUUUAAACUGAAGUGUAAAGCUCUGCAGGAGGAGAACAGAGACUUGCGCAAAGCCAGCGUAACCAUACAAGCGAGAGCAGAACAAGAAGAAGAGUUCAUCAGUAAUACCCUGUUUAAGAAGAUUCAAGCCUUGCAGAAAGAGAAAGAAACGCUAGCAGUCAACUAUGAGAAGGAAGAGGAGUUCCUCACCAAUGAGCUCUCUCGGAAACUUAUGCAACUCCAACAUGAGAAAGCUGAACUGGAGCAGCACUUAGAACAGGAGCAGGAGUUUCAAGUCAACAAACUGAUGAAGAAGAUCAAGAAGCUGGAGAACGACACCAUCUCCAAACAGCUCACCUUAGAACAGCUCAGACGUGAAAAGAUUGACUUGGAGAACACUUUAGAGCAAGAACAAGAAGCACUCGUGAAUCGGUUAUGGAAGCGCAUGGACAAACUGGAAGCAGAAAAAAGGAUUCUUCAAGAGAAGCUGGAUCAGCCGGUUUCUGCUCCUCCGUCCCCAAGAGACACCAUCUCCAUGGAGAUUGACUCACCUGAGAAUAUGAUGCGACACAUUCGAUUUCUCAAGAGUGAGGUGGAGCGGCUGAAGAAAAACCUCCGCACUUCAGAACUACAGCAUACAGAGAAGCGGGCUCAGUAUAUAGAAGAAGAGCGCCACAUGCGGGAGGAGAACAUCCGCCUGCAGAGGAAGCUCCAGAGGGAGGUGGAGCGCAGAGAGGCUCUGUGCCGACAGCUCUCCGAGAGCGAGUCCAGCCUUGAGAUGGAUGAUGAGAGGUACUUCAAUGAGAUGUCUGCUCAAGGCCUGCGCCCCCGAACUGUAUCCAGCCCCAUUCCCUACAGCCCAUCCCCAUCCUCCAGCAGACCCAUCUCACCAGGACUGUCGUAUGCAAGUCACACAGUGGGCUUUACUCCUCCAACUACGCUGACCAGAGCAGGCAUGUCCUACUACAACUCACCCGGCCUGCAUACCCAUGUGGGAGCCUCGCACGGCAUUGCAAGACCUUCUCCAAGGCGAAGCAACAGUCCAGACAAAUUCAAGCGGCCUACGCCUCCACCUUCCCCCAACACACAAGCUGGUGUCCAGCCACCGCCACCUCCUCCACCCAUCGCACAUCCAGCGUCCUCCCACAAUGCUCCACAGCAGCCUUAAACCAUUGCGGCAUCAGAAAAGGACUCGAAACAGAGCUGCUUCACUGUAAUAUCCCAGAGCCAAAUGUUAAUAUCAUCAUCUCUAACUCAAGCCAUUCAUCCGUGCUGUUCAUAUUUUGUGCUUGAGAUCCACUUAAGGCAAGAGGGAAUCUACAGUAUAGCACACUUUUAGCAGGUACUUGGUACUCUUUAAGUGUGUGUCAAAUGAUUUACACCCAAGCAAUCUCUUAGAAGUUGCUUUAAAAUACUAAAAAUACUACGAAGGAAAUAAUGUGCGUGAGAUAUUUUUUUAUAGUUGGAUAUUUUCUCAUGUUCAAACACUUUAAAAGUGUCAAUCAGACUGAAAGCCACAAGUUAAAAUUGCAGUAAAAGCGUUUAGAGAUUAAACUCUAAUAUGUGCUUGGAUAUUUUUUGGUUAUAUUAUUAAUAAUCAAUUUUCUCAGAAUGAGAAUAGAACAAAAUUCCGCUUGUAUAGCAAAUAUGUGUUUUAUAGAUGCCUCAUAAACAUUUAAAAAGCAAAGCUGUAAAGUAUGCUAAUCAUGCUGAAAAUACUGAAUCUCGCAAAGAAAUGUCUAAGGCAGUGUUUCUCAACCACGUUCCUGCAGGACCACCAACACUGCAUGUUUUGGAUGUCUCCUUUGUCUGUCACACCCAUUGCCAGUCUUUCAGUCUUUGCUAAUAAGCUGAUGGUCUUAAUCAGGUGUGUUUGGUUAGGAGCCAGGGACAUGUGCAGAGCUGGUGGUCCUCCAGGAAUGUGGUCGAGAAACAAUGGUCUAGGGCAGUGUUUCCCAACCCUGUUCCUGAAGGCACACCAACAGUACACAUUUUCAACCUCUCCCUCAUCAAACACACCGGAAUCAACUUAUCACAACAUCAGAAGAGGCUCCUGAAGUUAAUGGGUCAGAAAAGGGAGACAUCCAAAAUAUGUACUGUUGGUGUGGCUCCAGGAACAGGGUUGGGAAACACUGGUCUAGGGUCUCAAACUAUUGCUGGAGGAUCGCAGCUCUGCAGUUUUGCUCCAACCUUUAUCAAACACAGCUGAUCUAACUAAUCAAGGUGUUCAAGAGUAGUCCUGAACACCUUGUUUAGUUGGAUCAGCUGUGUUUGAACGGGGUUAAAGCUGAACUGUGCAGAGCUGCAGCCCUCCAGGAAUUGAGUUUGAGAUCACUAGGGCAUAUUUCUCCCUCAAAAGUCUGUUAGCAACUGUAAAUAAUGAUAAUUAAAAAAAAGUUGAGAAACAAUUUCGGAAAUUUUCAGGAUUUCUAGAUUUACUCAAGUAAAAUGUUUGGAUUUUUUUCCUGAAAAACUGCUAAUCACAUUCUAAGAUUAAUAAUGUAAAGUUGUUUCUCAUUUAAAGUAUAAAAUGACUAUUGGUCAGAUUAACGAAAGUGUUUU